UUCUCCGCUCUAAGGCUCCUGAGGUUGAAUUGUUAUUCCUGCAAAUGAGGGUUUUGGACUUCAAUGUUUUUCCCCUGUUGUGAGCUGUGAGCAGGGAGGGUGUGAGAUUGAAAGAGAGAGAGAGAGGGAGGGAGAUAAAUUGCAGUCGUCCAAGUUGGAGCAGCCUCAUUUCAACGGGUCUAACCAUGGAGCUCAGAGGAGUGUGUUUGCUGCUGGGAGCGCUGCUGCUGGUGAACUGCUCGCUGCAGCAGACUCCAUCGAGGAAGAAGCCGGUGAAAAAGGAUGCGACAAAGGACCACGCCAUCGAGGAGCUGCAGAAACAGAUCAACGACAUCGUGGAUGAGCUCAACCUCCUGAAGGAGCGACAGGCCCUGCAGACAGUCUGCUUGAAAGGCGUAAAGAUCCACGGCAAGUGUUUCUUGGCUGACCCUGUGAGGAAGCACUAUCACACCGCCAGCGAGGACUGCAACGCCCUGGGCGGUGUCCUCAGCACGCCCACGUCCAGCGACGAGAACGACCAGCUCCGGGACUACGUCCGCCAGAGCGUCGGCCCCGACGACCAGAUCUGGCUGGGGGUCAACGACAUGGCGACCGAGGGCACCUGGGUGGACCAGACGGGCUCCGGCGCCACGUACAAAAACUGGGACGCCUCCGACGCGCGGUCCCCUCAGCCGGACGGCGGCAAGUCCCAGAACUGCGCCACCCUGUCGGCCGCCUCCCGCUCAGGGAAGUGGUCCGACGAGAACUGCCGCGACGAGAAGGCCUCCGUCUGCCAGUUCAACAUCGUCUGACCACCGACUCUGCGCACGGUCAGAGCUGCUUCGUCUGUGUACUCUCGCUGCAAUGCCACUUUGUCUGCUACUUUGAAAAGAAGGAGUUUUUAAGCCAGUGGUUCUCAGCUGUUUUUUGUUUUGUUUUUUUGCAUCUGGACCAAAAUUCAGGUGGAAAAAGUCUCAGUCGGCUGCAUGAAGUGGUUCUUUUUCACAAGUGUAAUUUGCAGCAUUCCUUGAGCUCACAAUAAAACCAAGGAAACCCCCCAAAAAGCCCAGUCGAGAAUAAGCAAGAGACAGGCGUCAGCGACUUGUGCAACAAUUUUAGAUAUUUUGUUCAUCCUUUCUUGAAAACCUUUUACAAAAUUAUGUAUUUUUAUAAUAAUAUAGAAACACAUGUCAGACGUUAAAAGGUCAAAACACCAAUGUGCCGGCAAUAAGAGGUGUGUUCAGGUGCUGGCACCUUCUCACAAAUGUUAAAACUUUGGGUGUAACUUUAUUUUUCAUUGUCUCCACAAACCCAGGCGUCUUGUUACGUUGUUGAGAACCACUGGUUUAAACUCAGGAGUAGAAGAAUUAACUCAAUCUUCACCAUCUUCAAUGAGAUUAUUCCAGUCUGCUAGUUUUGUAGUCUCUCUAUAGUGUCUAGCCUGAUGUAACCCGAAGACAACAUCAAUAAAAUGCAAAAAAAAUUCCA